CUGGCAUAUAAAAGCUAUAGAAAUGGAAGGCAAAGUUGCAUUAAAAAAAUUGCUGCAAGUUCAGGAAAUGCUAUAUGAUAAUACAGAUGCAUUGAACAGGACUGAAGAACCCUCCAUAAAAAACACUCUUCUUAGUUUGAACAUGAAUAACUCAGAUUCUCCUCAAAAUCAAGAAGAGCAGCCCGUGACCCAAUUGGACUUUCUGAAAAUUAAGCUAGAGGAAGUGAAGAAGGAGAAUCAGAAUUUAAGAUCUAUGCUAAAUCAGAUUAGUGAACACUACGGAGAUCUUCAGAAUCGGUUAUUGUUAGCCAUACAGCAGCAACUAUCUUCAUCACAUGGAAAUGAUGAUGACCUGCUGGCAAAUGAUGACAUGGAGAAACCAGUGUUACCCACCAGGCAGUUCUUAAAUAGUUGUAACAAAAGACCUUCAGAUGGCAGCACAACAAAAGUAUUUGCAUAUCCUGAAAACAUUGAGAAGAACAUAGGCAAAAACCUUAAAUAUGCUUACAAUGUUGAAGGUAAAACCAAUAAGCAAAUAACAACAUCACAAGAAGCAAAAAUCAAAGAAGAUCAAGCAUGUGUGGCUUCUUGCAGGAAAGCUAGAGUGUCCAUAAGGGCAAGAUCAGAUUUUUCUUUGAUGGGUGAUGGGUGUCAAUGGAGAAAGUAUGGACAAAAGAUAGCAAAGGGUAACCCUUGUCCCAGGGCCUACUAUCGUUGCAACAUGGGAACAGCAUGUCCAGUUCGUAAGCAGGUUCAAAGGUGUGCUGUGGAUGAAACUGUUCUCAUCACAACAUAUGAGGGGAAUCAUAAUCAUCCACUCCCACCGGCAGCCAGAUCCAUGGCGAGCACAACAUCAGCAGCAUUGAGCAUGUUCCUUUCUGGCUCAACCACUAGUUUACAUGGCAGCACUCUAUCAAAUUCAGGCCUCUUCUCUUCAUUAUCUAGUUCUGCCUCCACUGGUUUUGCUACGGUUUAUCCAUCUGCAUCAUGUCCUACUGUAACAUUAGACUUAACCCUGCCCUCUAAUAAUUACUCAACCCAACCAUUUCCAUUGUCAUUGCAUGAUGGUUACACUCAGCAAUCUGAGGGGUUGUAUUUGUCUUCUAAGCUUCCAACCUUGAUACCCUCUGAGAAAAACCUUGCCUUGGUGGAUGUUAUCAGUGCAGCUAUAACCAAGGAUCCAUCUAUAAAGGCAGCAUUGGUUGCAGCUGUUUCCUCAGUCACUGGUGCAACUCAGAACAUCAAUAACCACAGCCAGAUUGGUAGAAAUGCAUCAACACUGAACCACUGA